AUGAAGUUCUCGGUACUCUCUCUUGGCCUGCUGGCCGUUCUCAGCCCUCUGACGGCUGCUUGGUCCAAGGAUGAUCGCGAGAUCUUCCGCGUUCGUGACGAGCUCGCCCAGUUCGAAGGACCCGAUGUGACCUUCUACGACUUCCUCGGCGUGACCCCCUCUGCCAGCCAGGACGACAUCAACAAGGCCUACCGCAAGAAGUCCCGCUUGCUACACCCUGACAAGGUUAAGCAGCAGCUCACGGCCGAGCGCACCAAGGCAAAGAAGGAUGCGAAAAAGAACAAGAAGGCUGGCGUCACUGUGGCCAAGGCCCCCUCUCAGUCCGAGAUCAAAACUGCCGUCAAGGAAGCUUCCGACCGCCAGGCCCGUCUGUCCAUCGUCGCCAACAUCCUGCGCGGACCGGGCAGAGAACGAUAUGACCACUUCAUGGCAAACGGCUUUCCCGUGUGGAAGGGCACCGGCUACUACUACAACCGCUACCGGCCCGGGCUGGGCACUGUUAUGACUGGUGUAUUCCUUGCGCUGGGUGGUGGUGCCCACUACAUUGCGCUGUACAUGGGCUGGAAGCGCCAGCGGGACUUUGUCGAGAGGUACAUCAAGUUUGCGCGGCACGCCGCCUGGGGUGAUAACCUGGGGAUCAACAUGCCAGGCCUGGACGCUGGUGCACCUGUAGGCACUGCGGCCCCGCCUAUGCCUGAGGAGGACCCCAGGGCUAUGCCUACAAACCGCCGGAUGCGGCGCAUGCAGGAGCGCGAGAACAAGAAGGAGAGCAGCCAGGAGAGGGGUGGCAGCAAUGUCCGCCGGAAGCUGGCCGCACGCGCUGCGCAGGGCUCGGGGACUGCGACGCCUGUCCCUGCUGAAGGCGGCCCUCAGGGCGCCAAGAAGCGUGUCGUUGCGGAAAACGGCAAGAUUCUGGUAGUCGACUCGCUGGGUGAUGUGUACCUCGAGCAGGAGGACGAGGACGGCAACGUGGAACUCUUCCUGCUUGAUCCCAACGAGAUUGGCAAGCCCACUAUAAAUGACACCGCCCUCGUACGCAUGCCUAUCUGGUUUUACGGCCUGACUGUCGGUCGCAUCCUCAACAAGAAGAAUCCCAACACAGAGGACGACGUCGAGGGCGAGGAAGAGGAUAUCAUUGCCGCGGAUACGGACUCGUCGGGUGCAGGGGGCAAGCACACUCCGAGCACGGGCUCAGUGGACGACGACUUCGAGCUGCUCGACAAGUCGAUGGAGGAUGUCUCCGCGACCACCGCCACCAAGACGACCGGCAGCCAGCCGCAGCCUACCAAGAACAACAACAACAAACGUAAGAGCAAG